GCUGGCGGCCGUGGCGGCGCGAGUGCUGUGUGGGCGCGUCGUGGCGUCGUCGUGUUGCUGGGAGCGCGUGCGCUCGGUGUAGGUCACGUUUCGUUCGCAGUGCUUGUGCGUCAGCGAGUGGAGUAGACGACGCCUGUCGCAAGCUUUCGCCUCGUGUACGAACGAAAACAGUGCGUGCAAAAAUGACGAAGAUUCGCACUGCACGUGUUGAAGACUGCAACAAGCUUGCCGAGAUUAUGAGGGAUCGUUCAGAUAUUGCAUUCACAGACGCAGAUGUCAUUACCUCACGUCUCCAGAAAAACGGCUUUGGUGAAGAUCCUGUUUUCACCUGCUUUGUCGCCGAGAACGAUGCCACAGCUGAUCCCGGGAUAAUCGGCUACGUCAUGUUUUCACGGAUCUACUCAAGUUGGCAAGGAAAGAGCUUGCGUAUCGGUGAUCUGUACGUUGCUCAAGACCACAGAAGAAAAGGCAUUGGAACGCAGCUAUUGAGGAGAGUUAUGAAGGAGUGUGAAGACGAAGGAUGCCGGCGCAUCGACUGCUGUCCACAGCUGGUGAACAAGGCGCUCAUCUCGUUUCUUAAGAAACAUGGAGCCAAGGAUAUGACGUCAGAAGACGGCUGGAGCUAUUAUCAGCUUUCUCAAGAGGACAUGCAGAAACUAGCUGGAACGAAUGUAAAAUAAAUAAAAAAAAAUACCAUCUCCAUUCCACC